GCAGUACUUUCUCUGAUGGGAAGCGAGACAGCUGUCUUAUUUUUUGUGCAAAAAAAACACGAGUAUUUUUAUCGUGUUUUCUAGUGAUUUUCCGUUUAAUCGUGUCUCAAUUCCCCGGAAUAAGUCACAAUGUCCAUCCGCGAUUUAGUUGAUCCCGAAUGCGGAGGUGCCAAUCAGCUGGUGCGGCUGGGAAAUCAAAUAACACGAGACCAUACGUACAAGGAUGAGGGAUUCUCGGGGGCACCUCAAUCCGCCCUUCCUGGGCGAUCUGUGUUCAGUUCUGAGCAGUUGAUCAAUGACUUUAUGGCCCAGGUGACCAAUGCACCGCCUCCACAGUCAUUUAGGAUGGAUACGCUGCUGAAAGAGAUGCGUGACAUCGAUGCCCAGAGUUUUGGGCAUCCCGUUGUGCCGGCUCCUCCAGUCAUCCAGGAAGUCCACAGGAGUGACACGUGGUCUACGGAGUUCCUGGAGCACCAGAAGCAAAUUUUCGAGCCAGAUAAAGUGUCCAGUGGCAGCGGGGAAGCUAUUUGGACCCCGAGAAUGCCUCCUGGAAUGAUGUCUGAUGGACUGAUGCUGCCGCCAAUGCAGAAUUCAGCUGGGAAUGUUGCCUGGACGAGGGAUUUCUUUGACAGAGCUGAGAAGGCUGACAAGGAGAAGGGUAUGGAAUCGGAACCGAGUGCUGAGGAUCAAGAUGAACUCCGAAGGGCAGCUGAUGAACUCCUUCGAACCAUGGGCAAUGAUUCAGAUCCAUUCCAAUAUUCUGAAUUUGUGGACUUCAUGAAGAGUGUCAAGGAGGAUCCUACGGUUCUUGGUGAGCAGGGAGAAAAAGUUGCUGAAGACUUUCAACAUCCUGACGACCCUCAGGCUACGGCCUCCGGCGACUGGGUCAAAGAUUACGCUGACAAAAUGAAGGAGGAAGCUGAUAAGAAAGACGAGUACAACCAGCAAUUUUGGAAUCGCCUGCAAGACGAAUGGAGGAAGAUUGCUGAGGAAAAUGAUGAACAUCAUCCAUGGCUGACUGAAUUCCAGGAUUUCUACGAUCCCUACAAGGAAUACAAAUUCGACGAGGACAAUCCAAUGACCAACGAUGAAAAUGUCUUUGAAAAGGGAAAGGCUUUCCUGGCUCAGGGAGACAGUUCCAGUGCCGCUCUGUGCUUCGAGUCGGCUGCCAAGCAGGAUCCCAACAAUGCUGAAUGCUGGGAAUUGCUGGGCAGGGCUCAGGCGGAGAAUGAAAAAGAUCCUCAUGCCAUUGCAGCGCUGAAAAGGGCACUGGAACUCAAUCCGGAUAACAUGAACGUGAUGAUGGCUCUGGCUGUUUCCUACACGAAUGAAGGCCUUCAGACCCAGGCUCUCAGGAUGCUGGUCAAUUGGAUGAGGAUGCAUCCUAAGUACACUCAUCUGGUGCCUGAGAACAUGGGACAACUGGAAGAGGGAGCUGUUGGAGGAUCAAUUGCAAAGCCGCCAUAUCUGACAGAUGUCCAGGAUCUCUUCCUGGCCGCCGUAAGAAUGGAUCCCAGUGUAAUAGACACGGAUAUCCAGGAAGCUUUGGGAGUCCUCUUCAAUCUCUCAGCGGAUUACGACAAAGCAGUGGACUGUUUUGAGGCUGUGGUGAAGAUGUCUCCGGAUAAUCCCAAAGCCUGGAAUCGUCUGGGAGCUAGUUUGGCCAAUGGAAAUCGCUCAGUUGAAGCUGUGGAUGCGUAUCAGCGCGCCCUGGCUAUUCAUCCGGGUUUUAUCAGGGCACGGUACAAUGUAGGCAUUAUCUGUAUCAACCUCAAAGCGUACAAAGAGGCAGCAGAGCAUCUUCUGACUGCUCUCAAUCAUCAAGCCACCUCAUCAGCACGAUCAGGAAUCGUUAGGGAUUCUUCGUAUAAGCAAAUGUCGAAUAGCAUUUGGAGUACUCUGAGGAUGGCUGUGUCUCUUCUGGGGCGCCAUGAUCUUCAGCCGGCUAUUGAUAAGAAGGAUUUGGAUGCGAUGAAUGCGGCUUUUGAGAUGAACGAUGUUUAAGGUUGUUUUUAAACGUAAAAUUUGUUUUAUUUCAUGGUGAUACUCUUUGACUGGCAAUGAGUUAUUUUAAUUUUGUAAAUGGAUUGCAAUAAAUGUGGGGAAGUGGUAUUUUUUUUAUUGUCCAGAAA